UUGUUAUUUAUGCUAAACCCUUUCAGCGUCUCAUGUGUGGUUACUUAUGAUUUUUUUUAAAUCACGACUGUUUGUAUUUAACUCAGGCCCAUAUAGUCUGUGUAAUAUUUGUUUGUUGUGGGUGAUAUUUGGGAAGUGCACAUGUGGGCGUGUUUUGGAACAUUUGUUCACACCAGGUUAACGCCAACUGAGAACUUGUGAUCUGAUCGUAACUCUGACUUAGUGGUGCCGUAUUGGAGUCAGGAGUCCAUUGACAAAGAAUCCGCACUCGUUGGAGGGAGGAUGAGCUGCCCCAAAACCGAACCGCACGUACUGAAGGAGGAGGUACUAGCAGUUGGAAAAUGGGUGAAGCUUGAGCGAACUACAUAUGUGGAUCCUGCUGGAAAAACCAGAACAUGGGAGACUGCAAAGAGAACAACCAGACCUACCAACACAGAUGCAGAUGGUGUUGGAAUCAUUGCCAUUCUGAAAAGAACCCUCCACCGAGACUGCAUUGUUAUGGUGAAACAGUUCCGUCCACCAAUGGGAUGUCAUACACUUGAGUUUCCUGCAGGUCUCAUAGAUAAUGAUGAAAGUGCAGAGACUGCUGCCUUGAGGGAACUGAAGGAGGAGACUGGUUACAAGGGGGAAGUAGUGGGAGUCACUCCUGUCACGUGCUUGGACCCUGGCCUUUCUAAUUGCACCACUCAGAUCGUCAUGGUGAACAUCAAUGGAGAUGAUGUGGAAAACGUCAACCCCACCCAACAAUUAGGUGAAGGGGAGUUCGUUGAAGUUAUCCUUCUACCUCUUGAUGAAUUUCAAAAGAAAAUUGAUGAGGUUGUGCAGAAGGGAAACAUUGUAGUGGACUCAAAGGUUUACAUUUAUGCCAUGGGAAUGUCUCAAGCCUUCUUCAAACCCAACGAGUUGCCUGUGCUCAAACAGUAAAGCCUGUGAUCUACCUAUUUCCCUGGCCUGCUCCACACAUCUGCCAUUCCUGUACAGUCCUGCUUUGGAUCCUGCCAGGCAAGAGAUUGCUGAAAAGACGACAAGGAAAAAAAUGUACUUGUUUGUUUGUGAAAUUAUGUUGAACUACUUGGAGUGCAACUGGUAAAACUCUAAUGAAUUUAAGCUCCACCCCUUAGUGGUCUCCAUGGCUAUCUUAAACAUUCCUAACACACUAACUAAAAGUAGCACUGUCAAUUAGUUUAUAACAUGAUGUAAUUACAUUAGACACUGUAGUUGCCUCUGUGUGCCUUACUGAAUGUCGAGCUGGCGCGGUGUAGAGAUGGUUGUUUUGAUAAAUGCAUAGUGCGGGAACAUUAUUGCCUUCAGUGUGGGCUGAAUGGACUACAGAUUUUUCCAGAGGAAUUUUCGCUGCUCUGCAGCAGAGACAACAGAAUGGCGAUGGUGCCAUUAUAAUAGUAGUCUUAACAAUGACUUUUAAUUCGACUAAUAAAAAUGUAACUGAGGUA